AUGGCAGCGGAUAAAAAAGUGGAGGUUGCGGAGAAGAAAAUUGCACUGAGGCCGAGAUACAAGAUGUCGAAGGGUGUUCAGGUCGAGACUGUGAUGAACUGUGCAGACAACAGCGGCGCAAAGAAGCUCAGAUGCAUAGGUGUUCGUGGAUACAAGGGGAGACUCAAUAGGCUUCCUUCAGCAGCGCCUGGAGAUAUAUGUGUUGUAUCAGUCAAGAAGGGAAAGCCCGAGCUACGGAAGAAAGUGCACUAUGCAAUCCUGAUCCGGCAGAAAAAGACAUGGAGACGCCCAGAUGGAUCUCACAUUGGAUUCGAAGACAAUGCUGCGGUUCUGAUCAACAACAAGGGAGAGCUCAAGGGCGCACAGAUAGCAGGGCCUGUCACAAGAGAAGUUGCAGAUAUGUGGCCGAAGAUUUCGUCCCAGGCAUCGUCGAUUAACUGA